GCCCGCGCGCCCCUCUGGUCCCCGCGGCGCCCCUUCUCGGCCGCGCGGGAACCCCCGCGGCCCGGCCGGCCCCCUCCCCCUGCGAGCCGGCGGCGGCGCUCCCGGCAGGCGGGCGGGCGGAGGCCCGGGCGGGGGCGGGGCGGGGCGGUGCGCCCGGAGCCCGGAGCCCGGCCCUGAGCUCGCUUCGCCUCGCCUCGCGGCGGGCGCCCUCGUCGCCAGCGGCGCACCAUGGACGGGCUGCCCGGUCGGGCGUUGGGGGCCGCCUGCCUUCUGCUCUUGGCGGCCAGCUGGUUGGGACCCGAGGCUUGGGGCUCCCCCACACCCCCGCCGUCGCCCGCUGCGCCGCCCCCGCCCCCGCCACCCGGAGCUCCGGGCGGCUCGCAGGACACCUGUACGUCGUGCGGCGGCGGCGGCGGUGGCGGCGGUGGCGGCGGUGGCUUCCGGCGGCCGGAGGAGCUGGGCCGGGUGGACGGCGACUUCCUGGAGGCGGUGAAGAGACACAUCUUGAGCCGCCUGCAGUUGCGGGGCCGGCCCAACAUCACGCACGCCGUGCCCAAGGCCGCCAUGGUCACCGCCUUGCGCAAGCUGCACGCGGGCAAGGUGCGCGAGGACGGCCGCGUGGAGAUCCCGCACCUCGACGGCCACGCCAGCCCGGGCGCCGACGGCCAGGAGCGCGUCUCUGAGAUCAUCAGCUUUGCCGAGACAGAUGGCCUUGCCUCCUCCCGGGUCCGCCUGUACUUCUUCGUCUCUAACGAAGGCAACCAGAACCUAUUUGUGGUGCAGGCCAGCCUGUGGCUGUACCUGAAACUCCUCCCCUACGUCCUGGAGAAGGGCAGCCGGAGGAAGGUACGGGUCAAGGUGUACUACCAGGAGCAGGGUCAUGGUGACAGGUGGAGCGUGGUGGAGAAGAAGGUGGACCUCAAGCGUAGUGGCUGGCACACCUUCCCGAUCACAGAGGCCAUCCAGGCCUUGUUCGAGCGGGGUGAGAGACGCCUUAACCUGGACGUGCAGUGUGAUAGCUGCCAGGAGCUGGCCGUGGUGCCUGUGUUUGUGGACCCUGGUGAGGAGUCUCACAGGCCCUUUGUAGUGGUGCAGGCCCGCCUAGGUGACAGCAGACAUCGCAUCCGCAAACGGGGCCUAGAGUGUGACGGGCGGACCAGCCUGUGUUGCAGGCAACAGUUCUUCAUCGACUUUCGGCUCAUCGGCUGGAACGACUGGAUCAUUGCACCCACUGGCUACUACGGGAACUACUGUGAGGGCAGCUGCCCGGCCUAUCUGGCUGGGGUCCCUGGCUCAGCCUCCUCCUUCCACACGGCUGUGGUGAACCAAUACCGCAUGCGUGGCCUGAACCCAGGGCCCGUGAACUCUUGCUGCAUCCCUACCAAGCUGAGCUCUAUGUCCAUGCUCUACUUUGAUGACGAGUACAACAUCGUCAAGCGGGACGUGCCCAACAUGAUCGUGGAGGAGUGUGGCUGCGCCUGACGGUGGCAGUGGGUGCAGAGCACAGGCCCCUCGGGGCUGUGAGGGAGCAGGAGAGCCGAGUGUGGUUGCUUCAUUGGGCUGUGGAGAGCGCCAGGGUGCGGCUUGAAACAAUCUUCCGCUUCAUAGAAAACCAGUCAGAACCAGAGGGAGGACCCUCCUGUGCCACGAGAGACCCCCUAGCCGCGCACAUAGACACGCAUAGCCAGACUCAUCCUGCCACCCACACAGCAGCCUCCAGGAUACCAGCAAACGGAUGCAGUGACAAAUGGCAGCUUAGCUACCAAUGCCUGUCAGUCGGAGAGAAUGGGGUGAGGAGCUCCAUUCCCACCAGCUGGCCGGGCACUCUGAAUCGCGCCUUCUGAGCACACAUAAAAGCACAAAGACACAGAGAGAGUGAGCCAGAGAGCCACCAAGAGGAAAAGCAGGCUGGGGAGCACAGGCGGGUGGAGGGCCAUGUGCCCCUGGCUUGUCCCAGGCUCUUCACCGAAGCCCUGGCUCAGCCCUGCCUGCUCACUCCCCGCCUGGCACCCUUCAUGCUUUGAGCCCAGCAGAGUUGUGUCACCCUGUUCUUGGAGAGGGCAAAUAGCCCAGGAGGGACUCGCCUGUCAUAGAGACCAUGGAGCAGGGACAGUGACCCUUUGACUGACUGUCGCUUGGAUCCCUGGUGUGACUUGUGUGUGUGUGUGUGUGUGUGUGUGUGUGUGUGUGUGUGUGUGUGUUUUCAGGGGUG